AUUACUAAAAAAGAAAGAUAUUAAAAAGUCAUGUUCAGGCGUACGUAGAUAAAAAAUAAACUCUCAAAUUUCAGAUGCGAAAGUGUUGAAAGUUAUCUUUGCAAAUUUUGUAAGUUUAAUGUCAUCCAUAUGCUUUUGAAUUUUAAUAACACAUAAUGGCUAAAUUGUAAUUUAACAUAGAUUAGACUGAUUAGAGUUUAAGUUUAGGCUCUUUCAAUCUUUAAUUUAUUAAAAUUAAAUUAAUAAUAAUAACUGCUACUAAUAAACUAUUCCUAUUGAAUUAUUAUUUAGGAAUUUUAGAGAAGGCGUAGGGCUAAUUUUAAAAUUAAAAGGCUUAAAAUGGAAUUUGGAAAUAUCUCAUUCACAUUUAAUAAUUUGGUAAUCAGGGCAUGCCAUGGAGUUCAGCAUCCCAAUUUAAAAUAUUUUAAUUUUCUAAGUGUCUAUAGUCUAUACUAGAUACUUCGAUGAAAGAAGGGAGACUACUAUUUUUUUUGUAUCGGAAAUGGGCGUCGGCGCCGAAAAAUCCGAGUUUUUAAUUUUCCGAUGUGUGUGUCUAUUUAUUAUUAAAUUAGUUCUUUCCACAUAUAUUUGAGUUCCGUUUCCGGCCUUAUAAUUUGGAAGACAUCUUGGCCUACAUUUCUAGCCAGCUAUUUUGCUUUUUUCAAUCGACCUUUAUUUUGAAAAUCUUUGGUAUAUAUAAGGCAUCUUCGCAUACAAAAUUUUUUGUGAAAUAAUAAGAUAAGGUCCUUUUUGAUUAAAUCUGUAUGAGCAUUAGAUAUUGAUCUAUAUCUGUGCCAAGUUUCAUUGAUGUAGGUCGUGUCUCACGUUUGUUACACUUGUCACAGUGACCCAUAUCACCAUAAGGUGGCUCAGCCUAAUUUCGACAUGGCGUGGGCCACGCCCCCUUUUUAAUGGCGGAAGUUGCCGAUACUUAGGAAAUAUUUAAUUAUUACCACUAUAUACAUCAAAAUAUUUUAUAUUUUGUGUUUCAGAAUGCAUUUUGAAGACAUUUAAACUGGAAAUGUUUUAAUUUGAGCUUUAAAAACCCUGCAGAGUCCAUAAUAUAAAUGAUCAGAAUUUUCCCUGUGCAACACGUUGUCAUUGGCAACCAUUCACAGCCACUUGCAUAACGGCUACGUUGUAGUACUAUCUCAGAGUUUCAUUCAUAAGAGUUUGCCGUGUGCAAAAGCUAUUAAACCAUUGGUCAGGGAAAGCUUUUAUUAAUUAUUCAUGUGCCAAAGUUGAAAGUUUAAAAUAAGUCGACCCUAAACAGUAUUUUAGUGAUAAGGGAAUACAUUGCCUUAUAUAAACUAUAUAGUCAUUGCGCAUGACGCGAUCAGUGGAAUGAGGUCACAGAAUGUGGAGAUGCAGUCUAUGUUAAAAAAUGACAAACCAAGUCGUACUUUAAAAAUUCAUAACUUUAAAACUACAACAGCUAAAAAUGUGAUUUUGGUGUUAUAAUUAUGUUUAAAAUUAGCUCUAUUCAACUGUGCCAUUGGUUUAUUUUUUAAAAAAUGUUUACAUUUUUUACCAAAGUAUCUAGUCUAUACUCUAUAAUACAGUAUUACUAUACACUAGAUCUAUAUGGCCGCCGACCGGACAAAUAAGUUCUCGAGAUAUUGAUCUGGCAACCAAGUGACAUGACCACUGUAACAAAAUUGCGCGAUAUAUUUUUUUGUCAGCCUUGUCACAUGACCGCUAAUAGUCUAUCGGAAAAUGGCGUCAGAGGUGCAUGUGGGCGACGAACAGACCUGUUUACCCUCAAACUCUUAAAAUCGUGCAGUACAAUAUCACAAAAUCGUAAAAUACUGUAUAUGUAUAGUAAAAAAUAAACACGCAGUAGUAUGUGCAAUCUAUAUACACCUCAAAAUCGUACAUUGUACGCCAAAAUCGUAAGAGUAAACAGGUUAAACAGGUCUGGCAACAAGUUUACUUCAUUUUCAUAUCAACAAAUAAAGGGGGUGGGGGUAAGCAAUGCAUGCUCGAAGGAAGAAAUACUGAGUGCGAGUGAAGAAGGAUAAAAAUGAUAGUGAGGGUGAUAAAUAAUUAAGGUGGGGAGGUAGAUAGUUCACAAAGAAAUAGACUCUACAUCUUAAUAUAGAGCCAAUAUAGUGUGCUGUUGGGGUAGCCUACUUCUCAUGCAAGAUUAAGAGCCUAAAAUAAAACUUAUUUGACAUAGGUCUAUUGAAUCAAAACUGGCAAGUAUUGGUCUUAUUUUGUUUGGUGCAUAUUUUAAAUUGAGGCUGCUACUACUAGGCAGAGAUUUAUAAGAUAUUAAAACCAAAAUAACUGACUUUUUUUUUUGAUGACUCUGAUUCAAAUAGACUAGUACUAAUAUGUAAGUCCAAGUCAAAAGCUGAUGACACACUUAAUGUAUCUCAGGGAAUUGGAAAGUAUUAACAUAUUCAGUAUUUAUUUAUUAUCUAGGGUUAGGCUGACUUACAUAUGUUCACAAUAUUGGAAUAUCAUAUGCAAUGCAACUAUUUUGCCGGUGACCUCUUUUUCACAUGACAUGUCUGCCAGAAAAAUAACACCUACUAGUCGUCCGGCGAUCGCUUGACAUGCUCGUCGGUAGAAUAUCUCCCACUCUAUUUGAAUUGUCGGGUCACCGGAAGUGUAGACACUGCCUUUAAUUUUUAAAUUACUUCUUAAAAGUUUUUACUUCCCUUCCUGUUGUCUGCUGUGAAUGGGGCGACAGUUUUCAAUAUGUUAUAUUCUAGCGUAGGUUUUUAUGAGAGGAGAUGAGUAGACGCGAUGAUAGAACCAAAGAGGGUGACGUCACGUACAUUAGUGUGAGCUGUAUUUAAUUGAAUGCUGAAGUCUGAAGGUCCAAGUCACUUAAAGCUAUUUUAGAGACCAGUCAUAAGUAUAGUUGCACCACAAGUGUUGUAAAUUUGGGAUGACUUUGUUUUUGUAAGAAGGGUGGAUAUUGUGGAGAGUCCAGACCUGGGUACUGCAGGGGUGGGAGGAAAUCCCACAGUACGAAGACUGACCAAAUGUCGUAGGGUGUCAGAUUGCACAGGGACGAGGGUAGUAUGACAUUGGCAGAGACAGUAGAAAAGUUGCAAAUUUAGUGUUUUUUACCUGCCUUUUCCUUACUAUAAAUUUGAUGAAAACAACUUGAGCCUGAGAUAAAAAUCCUGAUUUUUCAUGUUCAAAUAUAUAAUAAGUACAUGUAACAUUGCUUAAAUUUACAAUGAAACAUAUCAACAAGGGAUUGGCAAGCUCUUCAAAAGUUGUUGCUGAACUUUAGACUUAGUUCUUUUGAAAAUCAUAUUCACUUUUAUUUUUUACUUUUUUUAUCAGCUACCAACAUUUUUUUUAGAUCUAUUUAGAGAAAUUUACCUGAACACCAGCAAUUAUUGGUUUCAGAGGAAACAUGUUUUUCCCAUAAUCUUUAAUUCAGUUUUUUUAAUAACUUUCUAUAUUUGCAGAUAUAAAUGACAAGAAAAACUGCUACUGUUGAAAAUGUCAUUAGGCAUGAAAAAAGACAGUGUGCCUUCUAAAGAAGAAGGAGAACUGUCGGAUGAAGAUGAUGCUGAAGAAAACAUAAGUAAUGGUUCUAAAAGGAAUAUUCAUUCUACAAGUAACAGUUUAAUUAUAAGAAGAGAAUCAUCUUCCAAACAUAUUUCCUCAAGGUAUGGUUUCAGUGAAAUCCAUAACCGGCACACAGAUGGGGGCAGUAAAUCAAAACGAAGAGAUGCCAAAAGCAGGCGGGCUGAAGCAGAAACUUCCCGCAGAAGUCACAGGUUCACGUAUGACAGUGGUAGUCGGUUUCGUGAGCGCGCUGACUUUAGGCAGACUGCGGUGGUAGAUAGCCACACUCCUUCAAAAAGUAUCUUUUUAUUAAAAAAACAUAUUUCAAAAUGACUAAAAAGAAGUUAGAGGCAAUCUGAGUUACUUGUUUAAAGAUAAAAUUGAAACAGAAGUAAAAUUUAAGUAGAUACGUUCGACUGCACUAAAGUACCAUAAUUUUUUUGCCUGCAUGUUUUUUUUUUCUUAAUAGUUCCCCCACAGAACAUAGAUAUACUCAUUAACCUAAUUUCAAAAUUAUAAUUUAUUUAAAUAUAAACUGCACUGAAGCAAUGCAAUAUCCCUUAGCCAAAAAGUUUGGGAAAAUCGAAGAUUUAGAGCAUCUUCUGUAAAGCCAGCAACCUUGCCAAGAGAAAGUAAACCUCAGGGGCCUAAAACUGUAAGUUCAGCUGACACCAUGCUUUACAACAGUACUAAUGGGGAUGCCACAGCUGAAGGUGAAGAUGAGUUGGCUUUGCUGGAAAAAAAACAAGAGUUGAUUAGAGACCAGCUUAAACACCUUGAGGAAGAGGAAAGGAAGGCUAAUGAACUCAGUGGUAAGAUGUCAUUAUAGUACUAUUCAGUGAAUGUGGAGUUGAAAUUGCUUAUCCUAACGAGAAGGUAACUUUACUUAAUUUUUUUUAUCAAAUUAUUGGUAGAUGUCAAUUGUGUAUGUUAUUAUUUUAAAAAAUGAAGGAAUAAUUUGUUUAAAGUGUUUAAGAAACUAAUCAAAAUAGAAUGCAUUCAUGAUUUUCUUUUUGACUUAUAUUGUCAUUUCUUAGAAAACAGCCUGGGUGGAAACACAAUAGGGUUUGUGACAACACAAAUAGAAGAUACAGUAAGCAGUGAUCAUAUAGUAACAACUGUUCCUGUGACGGUAAGUAACAUAGAAGAGACUGUAAACAUCCAUAUCUUGUAAAAGACAUUGCUGUAACUGUAAGUAACAUUGAAGAUACUGUAAGCAGUGAACCAUUCCUGUGAUGGUAAGUAACAGAGCAUAAUGUAAACAGUGAUCAUCUAGAAACAACUAUUCCUGUGAUGGUAAGUAACAUAGAGCAUAAUGUUAACAGUGAUCAUCUAAUAACAACCAUUCCUGUGAUGGUAAGUAACAUAGAGUAUAAUGUUAACAGUGAUCAUCUAGUAACAACCAUUCCUGUGAUGGCAAGUAACAAAUAUUAAAAAACACAAUGCAUCACAGGGACCAUCCAUGUAGUACAAUAUUGAUGAAACACUCUUUAUAAAUAAAUGAUAUGAAAAUGCAAAUUAUUUUUUAUUUCAAAUGAAGCAACAAAAUACUACAUCAGCCUUGUACUUUUUAUGUCUUGUUGAGAAGUACUGAUUUGGGUCUGUAGUCUGCAUUCCUUACAGAUACUUUAAAAUAAUUGCGAACCCAGUCCACUGUUACUGGUUCUGGCUCUCAUUGCCAGGUCCCCUAUAUUGUGACUCUGAUUCAAACAGCACUCUGGAAUAAACAUUAACACCAAAAGACUGUACACUUGCAUACAGCUCUUCUUUUUUUAAUGAAAAAUUCACAAUGUCUACAUCAAAAUGUAACCAUUUUUUUUCCUCUCGCUUAUACACAACUUAAAUCCACAUCUAUCUCUACAAUGGAAACAAGAUCAUAGAUCACUAACACUUAAACUCCAUGAUCGCUCAACACAACCUGAGCUCAUGACAGUCACACUGAUAAUCUAAAAUCUCUUUUAUGGAAACUGACAAACUAGUAACUACUCUAAAUACUCUAAAUAAUGCACAAACUAGCUGAUAAACACUGCACACUGACUGAUGAAGAAGAGUAUCAACUAUUUUUCUGGUCACACUAUAUAUCAAUAUCCUCACAUCAUGCACCAUCAUUGAAUCACAUUACAGGCUUCAAAAACUAUACAGCCUCACAACUCACGACCCAAAAACUGUUCACCCAUGACACAGUGAAUCUCAUACCUUGACAAGUACUAAUAGUCUGAUGCAAUUUAAAAAUUAAUUUUUUUAUAGUUUUUUUUUUUUGUCUGCAUGUUUUGCAUUCACAUGCAUUUGAUGAGACCCUGGUCAAAUCAUGUUCAAAAAGAAAAAUUAUUAAUGCCUUAUUUUUUGUUUACUCAUUUAAAACAAAAGGAGAAUAAUAUUGGUGCAGAAGAGGACAUGGAUGAACAAGAGCUUCGCAGAUUAGCUUUAGCAUCAUCUGAAAGACACAACAGACUGUUGGCUUUGGAACCUUCCAUUGCAAAUUUAGGUAAGAUGUUAUUUCUUAUGGAUCAUACAUUUUUGAUCAGUUUUCAAUAUUUUAACUGAUAAAAAGGCAUUAUAUUUGUUUUAUGCACACCUAGGUUUGAUGCGCCGAGGAGUGGCAAUGUUCAAUUUGUUGCUCUAUGAUAUAAUUUUGUUUUAUCUGUGAAGGUUUUGGUGCAGGUGAAGAGAUUUCAAUAGUGGAUGUCCCAGAUGCUGAGCCUGACUUACCAGAACCUGAAAUUGUGGUGGUAGAAGAAGAUGAGGAAUGUGUUGUGACCGACAAGACAAGCAGCCUGACCAACAAUGUUGAAGGGCAGAAAGAGGCCGGUGAGACAUCUCAUAAGGCCAAAAAACCAACCAGAAAAAAGAAAGAGAAGGUUGAGGUCAAGUCAACGGUGGUGAGUCUUG